CCGACCCGAACCGAUCCAGUCAUUUUCUAUCCUUUCUGCCCACCUUUUCUCAGCUCUGCCGAACCAAUUGAGGUCUAAAUUAUAAUACCCAGAUCGACUCGGACUCGGAUCCAAAUUUCAACACCUCCGCUAUCAGUUUCUGUUACCAGAGACAACCUCAGAGAGUUGGGGGCAGCGUUUUUUUUGAAGUGUGAUUAUGUUGGUAUCUAAAGUUUCAAGAGCUGGAAUUUUGAUGCUCAGAGGACUCUCAAGAGGGAAAUUGACACCCUUAACUAGAGCAGGAUAUAUACAAAGGCCUUAUGGCCAAUAUUUGCAACCGUGGUUUGAACGACAGAUAGAAACCAAGGUGUUCCAGGGUUCCAUAUUUCUGAAGCAUCGUAAUUUUUCUACCACUACUACUGCCAAUGCAUCAGAGAAAGGGAGUGAAAAGGAAGAAACGAUAUCCGUCACAUUUGUUGACAAGGAUGGGGAAGAGCAGCACAUUAAGGUCCCGAUUGGAAUGUCUAUGUUGGAAGCUGCUCAUGAAAAUGAUAUAGAGCUUGAAGGAGCAUGUGAAGGCUCACUUGCCUGUUCAACAUGUCAUGUGAUUGUGAUGGACAUGGAGUAUUACAAUAAGUUAGAAGACCCUGCUGAUGAGGAAAAUGAUAUGUUGGAUCUGGCCUUUGGGCUUACAGAAACAUCUCGCUUGGGUUGUCAAGUGAUUGCAAAACCUGAACUUGAUGGAAUUCGCUUAGCUAUUCCUGCCGCCACCCGAAACUUUGCAGUUGAUGGGUAUGUACCAAAACCACACUAGAGAUAUACAAGGGCACUGGAGAGUUUUUGCUGAUAGUAAAGGAAACAAUCAUCCCAAUUUUGUAGCUCCUCAAUUAUAUUUGGUCAAUGAUAAUUGAUCAGACUUUUUGUCAGUGUUUUUCUAUUGUUUAUUGUUUAUAAUGGUGUUGAGUUAAUCUGUAUGACAAUAAGUCUAUAGAUGACAUGCUCAUUAUGGUGCCAAGUUAACCUGCACGACAAGAAUUUACAGGUAAAUGAUGUCAGAGAAAAGGGCUGCUUUUUGUAAUGGCUUAGAGAUUAAUUUAUGUUUUAUUCUUUGCUCUUCAAGGAUAAUUUCCCUUUUUUAAGGCCAAAAUAUAUACAUCUAUGUCAUUCAUAUUUUGUAUCAAA